AUGGCAACCAAUAUAUCCAUCUCGAAGCCCCUCGACGGCUCCUCCUUCUCCGGUUCCCUCAUCUCCCCUACAAACUCGCGAGACCGCCGUGACUCUAUCAACUCUGUCUCUGUGAGUUCCACCUUCGAAAAGGAACAGAUGGCGCAGGCCCUCGACCAGAUACAUACCGCAGCCAGCCGAACCGACUCACUCACUCUUUUCAACGAAUCUUUUGCCCCUCCCCCGGUAAUCGUCCCAGAUACAGAGAGCCGCGGAACAGUACAGCAAGGUCUAAGCGGUCUCUAUAGCCGACUCCGAGUGGCGGUUGGUGCGGCCAGCUCGUCCAAGGCGGCGCAGCGAGAGGACGACGCAGAGAAGCUGGAAAACCUAUCGAGAAAGGCAUCCACGGGUGAGGGACAUCGGUCGAAGCCCUCUAUAUCUUCCUUGAACCGCGCCGAAACAGGGGCGACUAUAUCCAGCACAUCGUCUCAGCCGGCACCACCUGAUGUUUCUUCUCCUACAACCUCUAUCGGUCCUACGGAUGGCCGGCCUCAGAUGCCCGCUACAUCCAAGUCUGGAAGCAUCAGCUUGAUUGGCAACUCCAAGUCUCAUCCAUCUGGUAGGCAGAGCCUUCCGACAAACGCUACAAGCGAUGUGACCGCCGCCGAGCCCACCAUCACCUCCGCGAGAAAACGAGAGCCAAGCCGCAGUUCUGCUCACACUGAAGACAGCGCGGCCCAGAGUUCGCGGCGUGGAAGCACCGGCAGACCAGGCUUUCAGACCCGCCUCUCGCCCGUCGAUUCACCAGAAGGCAGUAUUCCUUCGGGGUCGCAAGGAGACGAGAGUGUGUCCAGUGUUGGAGGCGCAAGCGGCGACGCCCCGUUAAGUCCAGUCAAAGGAAAAGCUCCCCUGAUAUCGCCACUGCAAACACUUCACUCGCGAAGUCCCUCUGCUGCAUCGUCUCUGCUGUCCCCCGAUGAUAUCCGACGAAAGCCCGCCGUCAUUGAUCGUAUUAGCCAUUCAAAUCACGUUAGAUACGCUUCACGAGACUCGUCUAUUGACCGUGGGACGGCUGAAGCUAGCCCUAUUAGCACAAAUGCUCACAAUUCAGUCCAUCAUAAUUCUUUCUCUCAAGAAUCCAACCCCCAGCGCUCGAGAUCCGGUGAUGUCCGCAUCCCCGGCACCACAGCGAGCCAUCAAGGGGCCUCAGACCAGAUGAAUGCUCAGCUAGACAGAAUGCGCAGGCAGAUAUUAAGCAAGGAGUUUUGGAUGAAGGACGAAACAGUAAAAGAGUGUUUUCUUUGUCAAUCUCAAUUCACAGCGUUCCGCAGGAAGCAUCACUGCCGAACGUGCGGCUUCAUCUUCGAUUCCAAGUGUACCAUUGUCAUUUCAGGUGACAAGUUCGGGCUUCCCGGCUCUCUUAGGGUUUGCAAACGCUGUCUUGAUGUCAUCACUCGACGAUUUGAUGCAAGUGCCUCUGAGGAUUCUGGAGAUGAGCAGUCCUUUCUACCAAGAAUAUUUGGCACGGAGGAUCCUAGGAAAUCAACGGUAGCCUUUGCACAGCACCACAAGGAACCAGAAGUAAUCGAGGGCUCGGAGACUUCAAGACCAGUAACUACGCCAAUGAUGACGAUACAGGCUGCGCGUCGAGUCAAAGAGUCCAACCCCAAUUCAUCUGUUCUGGAGAUUGGUGCUCCACAGCUGAGCCGGCCAAGCUCGUCUCGUUCCCUCAAGUCUCUUUCCUCUGGUCGACCGCAAUCAUCUGCCGGCCAUAAGAGGCAUCAUUCAAAGCAUGGACUGUUGGGGAGAAUCAAGCCGGAUCAGGCUCCGUUUCGAAAGGGUAUUCAGGAAGAGAAUGCCAGACGAACAAAGUUCCCAGCUUUCCAUGAUGACAACAUCAUCGAUCCGGAAUUGGCAGAUUUCAUGUCAGAUGACUCUAGCGGAGACGAGCAGGUCGGCAGUAUUUUUGCGACCCUCGCGUCGGCUGAGAUACCUUCCACGAGCUUUGACCCUGACAAGUCAAAUCUUUCGGCACUCAUGAAUACAUCCAAGAAGCAGCAACACCACCGCCAUAGAGGCGGCGAAAAGAGCGUCAGCGGAAUGAGUCACUUUAGCCGAAGUGGAUUUGGGCUCGAUGAAUUGGCACCUGGCUUUCCUAGCCAUCGUAGGACAAACAGACGCCGCAACCUCAGCAAUGUCAGCGGGAGCGUUCAUCAUUUCGGAUCCCCACGCCCUAAGUCCGUUUACAAGGGGCCAUCAGCAUCGUCGGAGCUGUUGUUUCCCGUGGAUAACUCCAUUCACCCAAACCACAGCGGGACCCAGCUGACCAGAAGCAACUCCCUACAGAAGCGCAAGGCGGCCAAAACCAAGUUAAAUGAGUCCAGCUUGAAGCAUGUCGACAAGCUCCUCUAUCAACUCUUGCGUGAUGCCGAUAUACCUAAUGCCGGAGCAUGGCAAAAAGCGCUAGUCCCUAUCCUCCUACAAGCCACCGAUGAUGUAUCCCCUGACGUUGCAAAUGGCGAAUCCAUGGACAUUCGGACUUAUGUGAAGCUCAAGAGAAUCCCGGGAGGAAAACCUGGCGACACAUCCUACAUCUCCGGUAUAGUCUUCACCAAGAAUCUUGCACUGAAAAGUAUGCCACGCAAAAUCACAAACCCUAAAAUUCUACUUGUCGGGUUUCCGAUUGAAUAUCAGAGACACCAGCAGCAAUUUAUGAGCUUGGAGCCGGUCAUUGCUCAAGAGAAAGAAUUUCUGAGAAUCGUUGUUAACAGGAUCGCGCAACUUAAACCUCAAGUUCUGCUUGCCGAGAAGACUAUUUCUGGCUUGGCUUUGCAGUAUCUCUCCGAAGCCAAUAUUUCGGUAGCCUUCAACGUCAAGCGAUCAGUCAUUGCAGCCGUCGCCCGAUGUACUGAGACUAAGAUCAUUGAGUCUCUUGAUAUGUUGGAAGCUCAAGUCGGGAGGUGCAGUGCCUUUGAAGUCAGGACCUUUGUGAACAAUGACUAUCCAGGCCGAAAGAAGUCUUACAUCUUUCUUUCCGGAUGCCGACCCGAGCUCGGCUGUACCAUUACACUUCGAGGAGCUAGCGACGCUCUCCUUGCUAAAAUGAAAUACAUCACCGACUUCAUGGUCUAUGUUGUUUACAAUCUCAAACUUGAAUCCAGCCUUUUGCGGGAUGAGUCCGUUGAGCCUCCUGAGGCCAACGACUCGACGUCGAUGUCUAAUUCCUUCCAAGCAUUGAAUGAAAGCAUCCGGUCACUGAACUCGGUUGGUCAUACAACCAACAGCGGCGGCAGAACCGGCCCCAUUGUUGUGGUCAACCAGCCAUCGAGCGAGAGCGAGCCGCCCUCACAGUUGACGAUGGAUAGCUCAAGCCUCGGAGGCACAGACGAAGCUUUGUCACAGCCUCCAUUGGACCAGAUGCUUUCUGAACCACCUAGGCUGCUAUCGCUACAUGAAUCUCAUACCCAUGACUCCACAUUCAGUCAGGUCCCAGACGACGUGCCCAUGCCAACAUUCUAUAGCGACAUGGUGGCCAAAUAUGAGACCAAGAUCCUCUCGGUGUCGCCAUAUGUACGAUUCACUCAGCCGUAUCUUCUCAUGAAAGCUCGGGAGCAAGAAAGGCGCCUGUUCUAUCUCAAACGCUUGAGGGACCAGGACAUGAUUGAGGAAGAUUUGGAAAAGAGUGGCCCUCCAAAGUUUCAGCUUAUCAAACCUGAGAUGGUCGAAGAGCUUGGCCAGAAGGCGCCUCGUCAAAUUAUGGAAAUUCUCCACGCAGUGCAUGACGCCGAAUACGACAAAGCUCUUUACAAUUACCAGACUCAAACUCGUCAGUGGGAGACGUAUAUCCAGGGCAACUUGGACUUGUUCGACCCAUACUCUCACCAAAAUAUCAUCAUACUGUAUUCCGUCAUCUGCACCGAAACGAAAAUUCCUUGUACGGAGCCCAGUUUAGUAGGCAUCAACUUUUACGAUGAGCAGCGCGAAGAUAGCAGCAUGGAUCCAGACUGUACCCUCGGCCAGUAUAUCGAAUACCUAGUAAACAGCAAAGAUGAAAUAUGCGACUCCAAUGGAUGCGACCGCAAAAUGGCACAGCAUCAUCGUACUUUUGUCCAUGACCAGUUCCGGAUCACGGUGUUUGUGGAGCAUCUCCCGAACGCCCCUCCUAGGUCACUAGAACUGGGCGAUGGGAUUUCCAUGUGGAGUUAUUGCAAGAUCUGCCAGAAAGAUUCGGAGGAGAUAGCAAUGUCUGAGACUACUUUCAAGUACUCCUUUGGAAAGUACCUGGAGCUGUUGUACUGGGGACGCGGCCUGCGCAUGAAGGAUGCCAUGGAAUGCCCCCACGACCAUCAAAAAGACCACGUCCGUUACUUCAGUCUAAACGAUUCUCGUGUUCGGAUUCACUGGGACCCAAUCGAUCUCCUGGAAAUUGUCGUACCGCGGGCGCGACUGACGUGGAAAGUGAGCAAUGAUCUUAGGCUCAAGAAUGACAUUUUUGGAAAGAUGGAUGAGCGCUGGGCAAAAUUCAUGACCUCCGUGAUUGCCCGGCUCGAAAGCAUUAGGAUCGAUAGUGUCCUCCCCGAAAAGGCUGAGUCUUGCAAAGCAGAGCUGGACCGACUGAAGCAAAAGGCUAAGGAAGAGGAAGCCCUCAUGAUCCAACGUUUGCAAGAGAUUUAUGUCAAUUCCAAGUACUAUGAGGUUGUCCCGUUCAACAUCAUUGUUCGAGAAAUGUUGGAGACGGCUAGCGAAUGGGAUCAAGUUUUUGCUACGUUCGAAGCAGAUUUCUUGGGAGAUAAAGACAUGCGACAACUCACAAUGUUGCAGCUGAAGAAGAUUUUCACCGACAACGAGUCCAAGGAAUCCCUUGGGUCCAAUGAAGGAACAGGAUCUGCCGGGGACAGUGAAGAGCGCCCAUCCCAGACCUUUUCCGAGGCAGAGGAAAAGUCUACACAACCGACAGAUUUCACUGACAACAGCAUGGAGGCAAGUGCCACUUCUUCAAAGCUUGACGGAGAAAAGAUUGAUGUUGAAAGCGACGGCCCAUUGCAGACAAUAACGCAAGACGCCAUGGAACAGGUUCGCCCGUUAGAUUUGGCCAGCACAGCGCCUGUUGUGAUUCAGGAUUCCCAAACCGUUACCGGCAAUGAGGAUGCUAAAGCUGCUCCUGCUGCAACAACUCCGCCAGAUGCGGUGCCAGCAUCACCGCCCGUCAGAGUGGCUCGAAGUCCCACAAACUCUUCAAUCUCUGGGCGGUCCCUCAGCGAAAGGAUAGACGCAAGUGCCCUGAAAAAGUCUGCCCAGCCAAGACAAUCGCAGGAUUCCAACGAGAGACCCGCCGAUAUGGAAACACCAAGGCAGGUCUCGGAACAAGGCGUUCGACGAAAGUCUACCACCAGCACAUCGCCACCAGUGACUAGAGCUGCAUCGCAGCCAUCCCGGACAUUGGCUAGGUUACAGUCUCUGGGCAAAUCGUCUGGCUCUUCCGAGUCAGUGGCAAAGGUGCCAGAGAAUUCCGAUCAGCAGUCAGAACACUCCACCAAAUCGGAGAAAAAACUAUCUGAGCGACUCGGCCUAAACGUGCUGAAAAAUCGAGGGAAAAUGGCUGGAUCGAGUAUUCCACGUCUUGUUCCUAAGAAGAAGGAAUCAAAGGUUACCACUCUGGCUAAGCAUUUUGAACAGCUCAGCAGAGAGUUCAGCAGGGAGUUUGAGAAGGAGCGCAUCCGAGACCGUAAGAAGCGUGCGGCCAGCAUGCGGAACCCUCGUCCUAUGCUCCCCAAGACAUCAACGCAGGCAAUUGUACAAGUAUACGACAACGUCAAUGAAGCAUUUGACGAGCCAGCUGUCACAAGCGAACAAAGCACAGAGCAGGACAUGGAAUCGCAGUCCCAGUCGCAGGAUACGUCCUCAGUUCCUCUAGGAGGCAAGCGAGAAGAAUUACCCAAGCCAGGGUCGCAGACGGAACCACCAACUCCUAGCGAACCGCCCCUGCCAUCAGAUGGCCAAGUUCGAUGGGAUGAUGAUACCGCCAACGUGAACACAAGCCAGGGUCUUUCAGACGACGAGGGCGGUACUAGUGACGCUGAGCCCUCAGUAUCUGACGAAUUUAUGCCCGACAUCAAAGAGAUGGCUGACUCUAACGCGGAAAUUCCACUUGAACUUCCAAAGCACGAAAAAAUGAGCUUGAUGAAAUACCUGACCAACUUUUGGGCCGAGCGAUCAGCAAGCGGGUGGCCUGCGUUGGAAUACCCUGUCAACGCCACUGACCACAUCUUUGUGGAUUCGGAUAUUAUUGUACGAGAAGACGAGCCGAGCUCGGUUAUUGCGCUGGCCCUCAACAGCGACGAUUACAAAGAGAAGUUGGCCAACAUCCGGCGAGAUGCGCACCAGACUAUGCUCCGAGACACAGAUAUUCCGGAUGAAAUCCCAGAUGGCAAUGUGGAUAGCAAUGUAGAUGGAAGUUUCGAUGGUGAUGUCGAAGGUGACUUUAACAUUGGUCCCAAAUCGGCCCCAGUAUCAGACAGCGCAGAUUGGGCCGCUGACGAAACAGAGCUGGAGAAGAGUCUGCUCCGAUCCACCGGCACGCAUCUCAAGUAUCAGUUCAAAGAAGGUGCCGCUGUUAUGACUUGCAAGAUUUUUUAUGCAGAGCAAUUCGAUGCUCUUCGACGAAAGUGUGGUGUUUCCGAGCGUAUUGUGGAGUCGUUGUCACGGUGCCUUCAGUGGGAUUCAAAGGGUGGUAAAACAAAAUCUGUCUUUUUGAAGACUCUGGAUGACCGACUUGUCUUGAAGUCACUCUCAACAAUCGAGACCUCUGCGUUUUUGCGAUUUGCGCCGGGAUACUUUAGCAUCAUGGCCGAGGCACUGUUUCAUGACUUGCCAUCUGUAAUCGCAAAGAUGAUGGGAUUCUUCCAAGUCGUCAUUAAAAACCCAGUGACUGGAACAGACAUCAAGUUGGACCUGCUUGUUACGGAGAAUUUGUUCUACGAUCGAUCUCCAACGAGAAUCUUUGACUUGAAGGGCUCGAUGCGUAACCGCAAAAUUAAUGCGACCGGCGAGCAGAACGAAGUCCUUUUGGACGAAAACAUGGUGGAGUACAUUUAUGAAUCUCCCUUAUUUGCGCGCGAACACUCCAAGAAGCUCCUGAGGGCGUCGGUGUGGAACGAUACGUUGUUCCUGGCGCGACAGAACGUAAUGGACUACUCUUUGAUGAUUGCAGUCGACGAGAGAAGGAAAGAACUAGUCGUCGGCAUCAUUGAUUGCAUCAGAACAUAUACGUGGGACAAGAAGCUUGAAAGUUGGAUCAAGGAUCGCGGUUUCGCGGGCGGUGGUCGGAAUAGACCGACUGUGACUAGUCCGAAGGAAUACAAGUCUCGAUUCAGAGAGGCCAUGGCAAGAUACAUCUUGCAAGCUCCCAACUGCUGGCACCUGUUCAACAAGCCACAGUAUAACAUGCUAUAUGGUCGAGCACGAUUUGAGGACCAAGAGGCUUGA